CACCUAUUAUGGGCUCUAAUGCAAUUUAAUUAUGAAUUAAUAGAGAUCCAACGUAAUUUUCAGAUACGAAAGAUAAGGUUGGGCAAGAUGUUCUACGAAUUCCUGAAUUGGAAGAGAUUUUGAAGCUUAUGGUGGCUGAAUGCGCUGGUUUGCCAUUGGCCAUUGUUGUCAUUGCAGGGAGCAUGAGAGGACUAGAAGAAAUUUCUGACUGGAGAAAUGCAUUACGUGAAUUGCGUCAAUGUGUGGUGGACACAGAGAAAGAUUCAGAAGAUGAGAUAUUUAAUCGUUUGAAGUUCAGUUAUGACCGUCUACCAAAAAAUUCAAGCAUCAAAGAGUGUUUCUUAUAUUGCUCAUUGUAUCCGGAAGAUUGGAAUAUUAGAAGAAAAGAUCUAAUUGAAAACUGGAUUUGUGAGGGAACUGUUCAAAAAUUAGGAAGCAGAGGAGAAAUGCAUGAUAAAGGAAAUACUAUUUUAAAUAGGCUUUUAAACUGUUGUUUGUUAGAGGAAGCCUAUGAUAAGGCGUGUGUUAAGAUGCAUGAUGUUGUGAGGGAUAUGGCAUUGCGCAUCAAGAGCACAGGUCCUGGUUGGUUUAUGGUAAAAGCUGGAAUGAGAUUGACAGAGAUACCGAAUGAGGAUGAAUGGAAUGGAGAUCUAAACAAGGUCUCCCUCAUGAAAAAUGAAAUAUCAUAUAUCCCUCAAAAUAUGUCCCCCAAAUGCUUGAUGCUCUCAACCUUGAUUUUGGAGGGUAAUAACGGAUUGAGACAAAUUUCAGAGUGUUUUCUUGCUAACAUGCCCCAGCUGAAGUUUCUUGAUCUUUCUAGAACUGGCAUUGAGGUUCUACCUAAUUCCAUAUGUAACUUGGAAUAUCUCACUGCACUGAUCCUCCGUAAAUGUUGUUGUUUAAAGCACAUGCCUUCCUUGUCAAAGCUUAAAGCACUGAAGAAGUUGGAUUUGGAGGGAGCGGGCCUUCAUGAGACUCCUGAAGGCAUUGAAAUGUUAGAAAAUCUGGAAUAUCUUGAUUUAUCUUGUCCCAACUUGACGGAGCUACCAAGAGGAAAAAUCAGUAAGCUCUUCCGCCUCCAAUACCUACGUAAACAUCGGAUUUUUGCAACUGAAAUAGGAGGAAAAGAAGUAGCAGGAUUGAAGAUGCUGGAAUGGUUUGAAGGUACAUUUGAUUGGCUGAAAGACUACAGCAGUUUUGUUAGCAAGUUGAACCAUUUUGGAAGACCUAGUCAUUACUCUAUUAAUGUGGGAACCGCAAUCCACAUGGAGGGGUAUUUUUUGAAGUUCAACAAUAAUGAUCUUCCUAAACAGGUAAUUCUAAUCGGAUACCAGAUGGAAGAAGGAGAUGAGUUUGUCCUUCCAAAUGACCUUCAGGAUUUGACGAUUCAAAGGUGCAAAAUGGCCAGUGAUAUUUCUAUUUUUCAGAGAGAUUUUACUCAAUUGCGAACAUGUGCUUUGAAAUACUGCCAAGGGAUAGUGUGUGUGGUCUCUUUGUCAUCAUCUUCAUCUACUUCCUUGACAGUUAUGAAUAACCUUGAAGUACUAACUCUUAAGGGUUUGCCUGACUUGCGGAAUGUUGUGAAAGUGGAAAAAACAAGAGCAUCGCUUGCACCGACAAUAUGCCCUCACAUCUUUUCCAAUCUUAAACAGCUGAGGGUAUUCGAUUGUCCAAAAUUGAAGAAGCUUUUUCCAUGUGAGCUGCUGCAGGGUCAGGGCCUCCAAAACUUGGAGCUGAUUAAGGUGAAUCGGUGUGGGGGGAUGGAGGAAAUAAUAGGAUGGGAAGAAGAAGAGGAAGGGGAUGUUGUGAAAGUGGAAAAAACAAGAGCAUCGCUUGCACCAACAAUAUGCCCUCACAUCUUUUCCAAUCUUAAACAGCUGAGGGUAUCCGAUUGUCCAAAAUUGAAGAAGCUUUUUCCAUGUGAGCUGCUGCAGGGUCAGGGCCUCCAAAACUUGGAGCUGAUUGAGGUGAAUCGGUGUGGGGGGAUGGAGGAAAUAAUAGGAUGGGAAGAAGAAGAGAAAGGGGAUGCUGUGAAAGUGGAAAAAACAAGAGCAUCGCUUGCACCAACAAUAUGCCCUCACAUCUUUCCCAAUCUUAAACAGCUGAUGGUAUACAAUUGUUCAAAAUUGAAGAAGCUUUUUCCAUGUGAGCUGCUGCAGGGUCAGGGCCUCCAAAACUUGGAGCUGAUUGACGUGAAAAAUUGUUGCGAGAUAGAGGAAAUAAUAGGAUGGGAAGAAGAAGAGGAAGGGGAUGUUGUGGAAGUGGAAAAAACAAGAGCAUCGCUUGCACCAACAAUAUCCCCUCACAUCUUUUCCAAUCUUAAACAGCUGAGGGUAUACUAUUGUUCAAAAUUGAAGAAGCUUUUUCCAUGUGAGCUGCUGCAGGGUCAGGGCCUCCAAAACUUGGAGCUGAUUGAGGUGAAUCAUUGUGGGGGGAUGGAGGAAAUAAUAGGAUGGGAAGAAGAAGAGGAAGGAAAUCAAACCACUACUCCAAUACUAAUCACUCUUCCAAAAUUAAGGAAAUUGGAGUUGCGAUUCCUAGGAGAAUUGAAGAGAAUCUGCCCCGAAAGAGGAGUAAUGGUUUGUGAAUCUCUCAAUAGCAUCCAUAUAGAUACCUGUGCGAAGGUAAAGAGGAUUCCCCUUUGUCUUGGAAGGGAAAACGCGCAACCAUCUCUUCCUGCUGUCAAAUCUAUCUAUAUUUUCAAUCCAAUAGAAUGGUGGGAAUCGUUGGAGUGGGAGAAUCCUGACGAUAAGAUUGUCCUCCUACCUUUCCUCACAUAUUAUGAGCGCGGGUAAGUCUCAUUAGUCUCCCUUUUUCCAACACUUGCAUUCCAUUCUCUCCUCUCUAGUAUUUCAUAAAUAAAUGUUUCUAUCUCUUGUUUCUAAAUGAAUCCAAGUGUUAAUC